UCUGGGAAGUAAUUUCGGAUGAGCACGGCAUUCAGCCAGACGGUUCCUAUAAGGGCGAUUCGGAUUUGCAAAUUGAACGUAUUAGCGUCUACUAUAACGAGGCAAAUGGUACGUUCGGGCACAUUCAUUUUAAUUUCCCUCCCUUCCCCUCCCCCCUUCCUUUCCCCGCGGUUCCCCUCCUCCGGCUGA